GUACCCCGUAAUUCCGCUGCUAUUCUGAUUUCCAGUUCGCGUUUGUUGCCCGUGAAGGAUGCCUUCUGCCAACCCUAAACUAGGAAAACAGGCCUCUACGGAGACCGUAGAUCCUAUAUGCCAGGCGAUUAUCGUUAUCGAACAUAAGAUACGAAAUCUUGAAAAGCGUAAGGUGAAGUUAGAGUCAUAUAGGGAUCUGCAGAAAAAUGGAAGGGAACUAAACGCAGAUCAAAAAACAGCAGUGGCUAAAUACGACGAAGUGUUACAAACAUUGGAUAUUACAAAGGAAUUAUACAAACAGAUUGUUGGUAUUGCUCAUGAUGCAGCCAAGCAACAGAAAAAAUUGGCAAGGAAAGAGGCUAUUGAAAGGACACAACAGGAUAUUGCAAAGGUGAAAGAAGUUCUCCUUAUACAAGAUGCGCUGAUGAACAUGGGCACAGAGUCUGUUAGAGAAGAUUUUCUUGCUGGCAAAAAUGGUGCAGUGAAAUUAUCAGAACAAGAUUUAAAGAGUUUGGACAGUCUGUAUAAUGAAGUUAUGAUGAAACAUCAAAGAGAGGAAGGUGAACCAACGUUUCUUCAACAAGUACAGAAAGUAGCAGAACAUUAUGUAGCUAUUGUUGAUGGAAAACCAAGAGAAGUUGUUGGUACAACUUACAACAAAUUGAAAGAAAUUAUUACUUCUAUUAAUCAAUGCGGGUAUUUUGAUCAAGUCCAUGAAACUGAAACUGUAGUGGAAGAGGUUACAGAAGCGGUUGCUGAGACGCAAAUAUCAGAAACUCCUGCACAGGAACAAGUCAAUGAAGAGUAUAAUAGCAAUGACAGACACAUUCCACCAGAGUCCAUCAUUCCCAUUCCUAAUUUUCCAGUACAAGUUGCUCCCCUUCCUGUUGUUUCUGGCGCUACCCCAGUUUCCGGCCCCAUUCCUGUAGUUGCGCAACCCAUUCCACCGCAUCCAGCAGCACCGGUUGACACGUCAUAUUACACAAAUGCUACGGGAUUUGUUCCACAACCGCAACAGCAACAACAGCAAGCACAACCAGCACAGCAACAACCUCCACAGGCACCGAGAAUCAAUGACGUUAUAGGGACACCAAAUUUCUUUUUCCUGCAAGAAUCUGAACUUGAUUCACCGGAUGUUACAUCUCAAGCACCUAUUGUUUCACACAUUCCUGCUGCUGCUGUGAAUGCACCUAUUCCUUCGCAAACAUUUACAAAUCAAAACUUUGCAAAUGCACCGGUAGUAGCACAACAAGUUAUAUAUCAGCAUCAGCCACCACAGGACAUGUCCCACAUUCCUGGAUUUGCUAACCCGAACCCACCUCCGCCCAUUCCAAUGCCACCAUCUCAUCAGCAACCAAAUAUUCAAUACAGUCCUCAACAUCCUACUAAUUUCCAACAGCAACCACCACCACCACCACCACAACAACAACAGCAACAGCAACCACAGCAAACUGUUGCACCACAAAUUUCACAACCAGCACAAGCACAGAAUUUUGAACAUCCACAAGAAAAUCAGCAACCACCUAACGAGGAAAAAUCUGAAGAAACUCAAGAAGAAACACCUGCACCAGAAUCAGAAUUGGAACAACCAAAUGAAUCUGUAGAUUGGUGUCAGAUGGCUGAGUCUGGAAAUGUAAACGAUUGGAACCAAACGGAUCAGUCGCCGACUUCUGCUCAAGAAUCGCAACAAACGCAACAGCAAACAACUCAGCAAGCUUGGGGUGAUCAACAGCGUAGUAGUGGGUACAGAGGUAGAGGUGGAAGAAGAGGUAAUUCUAACGGUUACAAUGGAAGAGGUAGGGGCGGUGGUUAUCAACAAAAUGGACGUGGGGGACAAGGAGCUUACUAUCGUAACGAUAGUAACUAUCAAAACGGUUACCAGCAACGUUCUUGGGGAAAUAGCGAAGGAAACAGUGGUUACAACUCUGGUUAUAAAAGAGGCGGUGGUGGACCAAGAGGCGGUCCACGAGGUGAGCGUGGUAUUGAUAGAGGUGGCCGAGGACAGUUUCGCGGUCAAAGGGGAGGAAAUCGUGGGGGUUACACACCUCGUGGUAAACCCCACACGCAACAAUAAUAAAGAUACGAUAGAGCAAUGCACAGCGAAACAUUAUAAAUAAUACUAUAAUUCAAUCGUCUGUUUAUGAAUAAAACCUAAGUCGUAUUUUUAUUCUAA